ACUACGGCCAUUAUUUUCCGCCUGCUCUUUCCGGAUCACGAUGCGGACCGUAAAUACGGAAUGCAAGAAGCUCGACUCGCGCAAUACCUAGCUGAGAUCAUCGGCGUCUCAACAUCUCCUGGGGGCAGGGGCAACGCUCUCGUCAACUGGAACGGUGAAAAUGCGAUCGGCUGCCUCGGAAAUGAGGUACAAGACGUCUUAGAGAAGAGCACAAGCACAACGGAAAACACUCUUAGUAUAUAUCAGGUUGACGCGCUGCUCACUGAGCUCGCGGCUACAUGUGCCUUCUCCUCCCCGGCAUAUAGAUAUCCGUCGAGUUCCACCACCGUCACGACGAUGCGCCACCGCCCCAGACGAGCGAUCCUCCGCGAACUCUUCUCUGCUCUGUCGCCGGUCGAAGCGUCUGUCGCGACCCAAAUCAUUCUAAAAGAUUUGCGACCACUGUUGUAUCCCCUACCUGAUGGCCAGACGCACUACACAGCGCUUCUGCUGCAGCACAACAGUAACGCUCUCACGACGCUUACUUUAAGCAAUGCAAUGUAUGCGUGGGAUAAUCGCGGUCGCUUCUCGGCUGCAUUUCGCGUUCGAGCUCGCCUGGCGGAUGCAGCGCUUCUGUAUGAGCAGAUGUGUUUCACUGAUGGGCGUUACGUUCCUCUGAAGCCUCGAGUUGGGGUCGCUGUCCAGAUACCGAAGUGUGUCAAAGGACAAGGCUGUAUUCAGUCUCUGCGUUUGCUAUCCGAGUCGAAGAAGGUCUGGGCAGAGACCAAAUAUGACGGCGAGCGGGCACAGAUCCAUGUGGAAAUCAUCUCGGGUGAGCCACAGAUCACGAUCUACAGCAAGAGUGGACGUGAAUCGACCAUGGACCGCAUUGCAAUUCAUCCGUAUGUCGCUCGGAGGUUUCGUAUAGUCGAGAAAAGCCUCAUGCAAUUCAUUCUCAGGACUAUAUGCGAUGCGUUUCAGCUGAAGUCAGACGCAUCCAGGGUGAAGAAGAACGUGAUCGUUGAAGCCGAGAUGGUUGCGUAUUCAGAUACUCUUGGUCAAUUCUGGAGAAUUCGAAGUCUGAUAGGAAGCACGGCUGUUGGUCCCCGGCAUACCAAACCAUCUAAAGGAGUACCGCUAGAACCUGAGGACGGUGGUUCUCAGUGCUCUCUCGAUUCUAACGCCUCUGAUGACAGCGCGCGUCAUCUGGCUCUCGUUUUCUUCGAUGUUUUGAUGCUGGAUGACGCGUCGCUCCUGGACUCCUCAUACUCCGUGCGGCGCCAGACCCUGGAAUCGAUCGUCCGCGUCAUACCCGGCCAUUCCAUGCUCGCGCAGCGCCAGGCAAUUCCUACCAUACAAAGAUCCCCCAACAAAGACGUUACGCCCGAUAAACAGCUGAGGGAUGCAUUUGCAAGGAACAUUGCCGACCAUCAGGAAGGUCUCGUACUGAAGGCAGACGAAGCGAAAUACAACGAGCGGCAGUUGCCGUGGAUCAAGUUGAAGAGAGAUUAUAUCCCUGGUUAUGGGGACACUGUCGAUCUCGUCAUUGUUGGUGCAGCUUGGGAAAAGGAGCGCGCGAGAGAACUGAGAGUUGCCCCUACUGCAUAUACUACAUUCUAUUUGGGCGUCCUAUCCAACAGAGAAGUCAUGAAAGCCGACCCCCGGAUAUUUCCCCAUUUCGAGGUAUACUUUACGGUGUCGUAUGGAUUGAGCCGAGAAGCACUCGAAGAACUCAACUUCGUGAUCAAGAGCUCUGACUCGAUCGUGUAUACUAAUGAUAACUCUUUGCGUAGCCUCUCCUACCAAUUUAAUCUGUUUGCUGGGAUACCUCGUCCUACUACCCUCCUACGGGAGCCACUGCUAGUGGAGAUCUUUGGCGCCGGUUUCACGAAAGCACCACACAACAGAUUUUAUGAACUUCGUUUCCCCCGACUCACUAAAGUGUAUCGCGCGAGCGAGCGUACCUGGGCAGACGGUAUGACUUUGACAGAGCUUCAAGAAAUUGCACACAAUAUCGUCGGCCGUGACCCGUCCGACAAGGACGUG